ACGCUCAGGUUAGCUCGGCCAGCCAUGUCGUCCCCUUCCUCCUCCAGGCGCCAGUGGUGCUACCUGUGCGACCUGCCAAAGAUGCCAUGGACCGUGGUGUGGGACUUCAGUGAGGUGGUCUGCCGUGGAUGCGUGAACUACGAAGGAGCCAACCAGAUUGAAUUCUUGAUCGCGAGCGCCCGCCAGUUGAAGCGAACUCACGGCAUGCAGGACGGUAACGUGAGGUCACCUGGUCCCUCUCCCAAUAAACACGGCACAUCAGCCCGGGGAGAGGUGGCUGCAGACGGAGGCAGGCCGCACGGGGACCGUUUCGAGAGGGGAGGAAGAGGAGAAAUUACCGCAUCAACUAUUCGUGUACCGCCAAACGGGCUGCAUCGUGACGGCCAGCCGCUUCAAGAAGUUAACCGUCAGAGCCCCAGUGGCAGCCGGAGAUCCAUGAUUAGCGCAGCCAUCCCUCCUAAUCUAGUGACUCAGAGUAUUGCAGGUAUUCCCCCUGGGAUACUUGCAGGGAUGCCCGCUGGUCUGACGGCCCGGACAGCCCCUAUGAGCAGCCCUAUGAUCUUCCCUGCCCCUGUGCUGGCAGAGAUGAGCCGCAGACAGCUGGGAAUAGGAAUGGGGAUCACCCCUUUUAUCACGCCAGAGCUGGAGAGAGAGCUGAGUUCCUCCCAGAACCAGCCCAAGACGCAGACCCACACAGUUGUGGCUGGCAGCAGUACCAGCAAGAGUACAAGCCUGGCUUCUUCAUCGUUCUCCAUGGCUGGAGGUGUAAGCCAGACUAGUCCUAAACCUGCAUCAUCUCCAGCCAGGCAGCCACGCCCCCUAACUGCAAGGUCAGGAGGAGAGCCCCUAGGAUCCAGCACCUCAGCAGAGGCAGCUACCACUGCUGCCGCAGCGUUACCCCACAGCGGUGCCUCUGAGCUGGCAUCUGCAUCUGCCAAUAACAGCCAUUCAGCUGGAAACAGUCUGUCCUGCACCUUGUGUCAUGAGAGACUGGAAGACACCCACUUUGUUCAAUGUCCAUCAGUGCCAGGCCACAGGUUCUGCUUCCCGUGCACGAGAGGGUAUAUCCAGAGUAGGCAUGGUGAUGGGGAAGUGUACUGCCCCAGCGGAGAGCGCUGUCCAUUGGAUACCUCUCCCAACAGUCCCCCAUGGGCCUUCAUGCAGGGGGAGAUAACCACCAUUCUGGGAAAUGGUGCUGCCGGUUCAGGAUCGAGCGGAGCAGGAUCUGCUUCAGCUCCUGCAUCAGCUCCUACAUCUGGAGCCAGUACUGGACCUGGAGCUGCAGCUUCAUCAGGGUCUGGAAGUGGAACAGCAGCACCAACAGCUGGAGCCGGAGCAGGGAGUGGGAGUGGGAGUGGAGAUGUCACUGUCAAGAAAGAGAGAGAGACGUGAUGGUGGUUUGAGUGGCAGCAUGGACCCAACACAGCAACAGAAUCAUAUCCCAGAUCAGAACAGACGUCUCCCCCGAACAGCUAAGGGUCCCAGAAGAGAAGCAACGCAACAACCCACAAAUCUCAAAACAUCCAUUAAGCAAGUUAAACUGCUUGUCACAUCGCAAUGAAGUCAAAACUAUUAGGCCUAAUCAGAGAUCUGAUGAUGGCGGCAAAGACUGCCUGCACACAUCACUUGUUUUUUCUCUAAGCAACUGCUGAUUUUUGCCACUGUAUAGUGAGCUUGUGAAAUUAAAUUUCCCAAUGCAUUCUGUGCAUUGCAUGCUCACUUGCAGCAAUGCUGUAAAACAGUUUAAUGCCAUUUUUUCAGUCCAGAAAACAGCACAGAUACUCAUGGAAUAUCACCAACACAACCAGACAUACAUCGUAAAAAUGUCCCUAAUGAUGCAAUGGUGGAAUCACAUGUUCAGGACGAAUCACAAGCUGGACAGCGGCUACUGCUUAAGAGUUGGUAAUUAGUUGUAUUACUCGAAACAAGCAUCGCUUUCACAUUAGCAGAUGGAUAUAGAUUAUAGCAUUCCUAUCUGAAUACAUACAGUGCAGCUUUGUCAGGUGCUUCCUGGAUCUUCCCAUUAAGCACAAGAUAUCCUUUAGUGUUGGUGCUUUGGCACUAUAGCUGCGCUACAUUGGCUGCUGAGGUGUGACAGCAACUUUUAACAGGAGUGCAAAGGCCUAGUGAGGAUGUAGAGGUGAUGAUGGCACAUUUUACAGGGUUGACUACCAAGAGACCCUGAUUUGUGCCCCAUUCAGAGCUGUGUUUUUUAACCUUUGUUUUGUUUUGUUUUUACCUCGGUUUAUGCUCUCAGAUCCACUCACUGGUUAGGUUUAGGCACUAAAGACUACUUGGUUAAGGUUAGUGAACCCUGCUCCUUGACAAAUGAUGCGUUGUAAGCAAUUGAUGACUCAUUUAUACCAUAACUCAGUGUGUCACAGCAAACAUGCUAAAGGACACUUUGUGCAUAAAUUAGUUACGGUUUAGCUUCAAUACCUGGUAGUGAUUGGCACCUUGGGGAUAAAAACAGAAAUACUUUAGUCAAAGCAACUGACAUCAGUUUAAUUUGUGUCAGUGAUGGCUUGUUAGGAGACCUGAUAGAUGAGUGAUUAGAGUUCUCAAACUCUUAGACAAUAGCCGCUUUCCAGUGUUGUCAGCAUACACUCAGCUUUGUGCAGGGAAAAGCACAAAUAUAUAUACUACAUAUACAUACACAUAUAUGUAUAUAUAUAUAUGGUUUUUUUUUUUUGUUGUUGUUUUUUUUUUACAUGUAUGUCAAAGUAUAACUAAACAGCAGCCACAGCUGUUCUUUUUAUUGUUGAAAAGUUGAGUUAAUUGUCUUGGGAAAAAAUGCCAUAUUAUUUACCAGUGCUUCAUCAAAUGAAAUAUUUUCUGCUUCUACAAGUUAAAUUUACAGCUUAUAACUGACAUGACACUGACAGUGAUGAUGUAAUGUACCUUCAGCAGAUUUUUUUUUUUUUAUUGCUUCAUGACUGAACCUGUGUCCUGAUGCACAGAUUUUUCUUUCUUUUCUAAAAAAAUCUCCAGUAAAACAUCUAAACAAACCUGCGUUAGAUGUGGACAGAAUGCCAGUAGAGACAUUUCUGUGCGCUUGUGCAUUUGUUGUUUUUGUUUUGGGUUUUUUUUGUCAGCUUAAAUUGAAGCUGACUUUAACUCAGAGAAAGGAGAAUGUUUUGCUGUGUAGACACAACCAGUUAACCUGUCAGCGCGUCGACCAGCAGCAGAAACUCAGUGUUUGACUGUAUUUAAAUGUUGCUUUCAUACGAAAUCCAGCCCAGCCUACAUUUUACCCCGAAUGUAUAUAAAAAAAAAAAUCUAUUGAUAGGCCUACGAUUAUAUUUUAUACUAGAAUGUUAAAUGUUAUAUACUGUAAAGAACUGUAAUAGUACACACGUGCAAUCCUUAGACAUAGUACAUGCAACAGUUUGACAUAUGGUAUUAAAAAAAUUGCGCAUAAUUUCUUAAACUUUUUUUUUUUUUUUAAAGUGAGAAUCCACUGAAAUGCAGAAAUCUUUGUUUCUGAUCCAGAGAUGUUUAAUAAAUCUGUGUGGUCUGGUUUCCAGUCAUAGUAUUGAAUAUUGUAUAUUAUUUCCCAUUUGCUAUAUUUCAAAAUUAAUUUCAUAAAUACAUUAAAGUGUGCAGGGAUUUCAUGUUCCUAAAUUGAACAACCAGACAUUGUAAUGAUAAUAUGUCAAAAUGAGUUUGUUUUUUGGUGGAUUCUCUCUUUAUGUGCAGUGAGUACUUGACAGUACAGAAGCACAGACAAACCAAAGGUAAUUUUAUGCCCAAACUGAUGUUUAUAAAUGUAAAUGUUUUAUGGAAGACAUAUAUAUAUUUCAUUAUUUGAUGGCCAAGUUUCAACCAGCUGGUUCUCUUCAUUAGGCCGUUACAGUUAACAGGCCCAUGUGUUCUACUGUACUUAUAGGAUAUGUACAAUAUAGUACUAUAGUCUGCAGCAGAUUCUUACAUAGCACUUAUAUAUUUUAAAGGGGACCUAUUAUGCUAAUUUCUAGUUCGGUAUUUUUAUGCUUUUACUUUGCUAGAGUAGCUUUGCAUGACUCAUAGUUCAAAAUAAUUCACAGUUUUUCUCGGACUGGGCCUUGAUGCAGCCCUCCAAUUCAUUCUGUCUGAAAAAAGCCAUUUUAUGGCUUUUCUCUCCCUUAAAGUCAUCUUUCUUCUGAUUGGCUGCCUGUCACAAACAAAAGGCUUAAAGAGCUGGUGGGUGGGGCUUUCUCUUUGACAUCAUACAGAACUAAAAAUAGAAAAGAAGCCUCAGAAACUGAGUGUUUAGAGCCUGAGUUAUAAGGUGACCAGGAUUACAUGUACAUACACUGACCUCGUGUUUUGAAAUUUUAGCCAUGUUUCUUAUAUGCAUCCACCUCAUUAUAUAUUUGACAGAAAUUCAGGAGGAAAAAAAGCAUAAUAGGUCCACUUUACAAAAAGAUCCCACAGAUCAGGCCUGUUGUAGAGAAACAUCUUUGAAGAAAUGUAAUAGUAUAAUAUGCACUGAUACGUCAUGCAAUCCCUUGUUAAGUGCCUUUAAAAAUGUUUACCAUCUGUUUUUGUGUCUGGGAACCUCAGGGGAAGUUAGGAGUGCAAUGGCUUCUUUUAUUGUCUUGUCAAUGAUUAACCUGAAUCUGCUUCCCUUCGAUCACCAUCUGACCGCUUUUGCUUUUAUCUGAAGCCUUCGUAAAGUUGACAGGCCCUUCGGUGUUUUAUUUGAAUCCUCCCACUAUAUCGUUUUUCAUUUAUGUGACUUUUUUUGUAGAUCUGUCAGUUUUAUUGCAGCUUCCUGUACAACAUAAAACCAGGAAUAAAUGGGAUGGAAACUUGUC